AUGCCCCGCCCGGUUCGACCCUCUCCACCACAUCCCACCGCCCCCCCGGCCUUCCUCUUGUUACUGCUGCUCCUCGCUCACCGGGGGCCGUCACCCGUCAUCUGCCAGAAUGACACCGAGCCCAUCGUGUUGGAGGGAAAGUGUCUGGUGGUGUGCGACUCCUCCCCCUCCGCCGAGCCAUCAGGUAGCGCCCUGGGCAUGUCGGUGAGGUCGGGGGCGGGGCGGGUGGCGUUCUCCGCCAUUCGCAACACCAACCACGAGCCCUCGGAGAUGAGCAACCGCACCAUGACCAUCUACUUCGACCAGAUCUUGGUGAAUGUCGGGAGCCACUUUGACCCGGCAAGGAGCAUCUUUGUUGCCCCGAGAAAAGGAGUCUACAGCUUCAGCUUCCACGUGGUCAAAGUUUACAACCGGCAGACGAUUCAGGUGAGUCUGGUUCUCAAUGGCUCGCCGGUGAUCUCGGCCUUCGCAGGUGACCAGGAUGUGACCAGGGAGGCUGCCACCAACGCCGGGCUGGUGAUGAUGGAGCGGGGGGACAAGGUCUACCUCAAGCUGGAGAGGGGGAACCUGAUGGGCGGGUGGAAGUACUCCACCUUCUCUGGCUUUCUGGUGUUCCCCUUGUAG